AUGGCUGAGUACAGUGGAGCGUUAGUGCACAUAGAUUGGAAAUUUCAAACUAAUGCAUGUGCACAUAUAUAUUUAAAUUUGCAAUUGAUAUAAAAUUGGAUUUUUAUAAAUAUUUUUUUCAUGUGUUCGCGUUACUUUUCAUUCGUUUCAUAAUGAGGGAAAUUAAAAGAAACACUAUCGCCUUUUAUCUUUAUAAUUUUACAAACUUUUACGGGUUCCUAAACGUCUAUAGUUUCGAACUUGUUUCUACAUGCCAUAUACGCUAAUAAUUUUUUUCUGCACAUAACUAAUCUCCAUUCAGAAGGUUUUUACUCAAAUUUUUCAUUUAGCUGCUCUAUCUCAUCUGAUGCGUAGUGCAAAAGUCACCCAAAAAACUGAACCUCCGAAAGUUCUCCCGUCAACUGUAUGUUAUUGGUAAGUUUUAUUAGCAUUCAUUAUGUUCAUUUCUUAACACGCAAACUCAUCGAAGUGCGAAGGCGGCCGAUAAGUAUUGCGUCGUCUGUUCACGAAAAGCAAAUGAAAUUUCUUUCGUGCAACUUCUUGGUAACGUUUUCCUUGAGGUAAAAAGAGUAGUACUGUCUCGGUAAGUUCUUACAUGUGCAUAUUAUGACCAAAAGCACCGAAACUUUCGUAGUACGAUCAGUCGCCUUGGACAUAUUUUUUCAAUGAAAAGUUGUGUUCUAUAUAUAAUGAAAAAAAAAAUAUUUUUUUUUCAGUAACGGCGGACGAGAACUGGGAACUCUUGAAUUGUUCUGCUGUAAUUGUUUUCAAAUGGUUUCACGGACGUUGCCUGAAGGACCUCAAAGAAUUGUAAUAUUUCAAAGUAUAAUUUCCAUAUAAAACUUUUUUUUAGCAAUGGGGUAGCGUUCAUGGUGUGUUAUACUUUCCACUGCAAAGAUUGCAGUCAAACCGGAGAAGAGUCUUGGCAAGCGAAGCAAGCUAGUAUUUUUUACAUUCUGUAGUAAUUUUUGAAAGUAAAUUUUGCAGAUUUCAGUCACAUGUGCAUCACAGUAUUAGCCAAUCUCGCUGCUGAGUAUUUAUCGGCUUCUGGGCUACUUUCACCAGCGACAUUGCCACAGGAGCCGAUCUAUUUCAAGUGAGCGCAGCUUCAAACUGUUAAAAAUGAGUUAUCUUUUAGUAUUUUUCAAAAAAUCAUACCAUACAUGAAUGAAAAUUGGCUUCUUCUCACAUCUAUGCCUAAGCGGGUAAAGAAUACUUGGCAUACAACUCUACAAAAAACCCUCGCAAAGGAGAAAGAUUUGUUCUUGGUUUGUUUGUAGAAAAAUCCUCGAGAAAACGGAAAAAAUCUUCUAGCAAAAGCCAGACGAUCCAGAUUCCUUUGCGUUGGCCGAGACCAACUUGGCUGAUGUCGGUCCUCUCAAUGAAAUUGUAAAACAGGUUUGAAAUUAAGCUUAAAAAAAUUAAUUUGAGAAAAAAACUUUGAAAUUUCUUCUUUUCUGGUAGCGAACCAACGUUCAUUUGAACGAGAAAAAAAGAAAAAUUUUUUUAAUUAAAGAUUAUUUUUUUCAGAUCGGAAGAAAGUCAAACUUUGACAAAUCAAACGCCGUUGCUCUCGCCGCCACCUUUGACAAGUUAACGGACGAAAGCGGAGCUGGUUCAGUUGAUGGGCCGAAAACACGAGGCGCCAGUAAAAGAAGGAAUGCCGAAGCCGCUCCAAGCGGAAAAAAACCAAAAAUGUUCGAUUUAAUUUGCGUUUCAUUUUUCCUUUUAAUAAAUAUCCAGGUCGAGCGACCAGGGAGCGUCUGCAGCUGGAACUUCUAUUGAUCCUCCGCUCAACAAGGAUGGCUAUCGAUACUUUCUAGCCGAACGUGACCCUAAUGUUUUUGAGUAAGCUGAUAUGUUCUUUUUUUUUCAUUUUCAUUUUGCGCUGCACGCACUUCGAUACGAUGAUUGAACGUAGUUUGCUCAUAUAAUUUUUUUUUGUAGCCGUAGGGCUCUUUUGUUCUUUUUUAAUUCUCUGUUGUCGAAAGAGCACGGAGAAGGUCUCAAGAAGAGAAGUCAUUCCAGUAUCGGUUCAGAUCAUGAUUUUUUUUUUUUUUUUUUGAGAAUAGUUCUCUUAGAAUACUAUUCAAAGAUCUUCGAGCAGAAUAUACAGUAUUUAAAAUUUCUUCGAAACUUUUAACUAGUAGGAAAACUCUGUGUGAGUUCAGUUGACUUGUUUUCUAAUUUUUGAGUAUAAACUGCUUCGGAGUACAGACAUUACAUUCCCAAGAGUAAUUAUUCAUACGCCGACCUAAAAAUCAAAAAAAAAAAGCUGCUCUCUCAUUUUUUCAUUUUGAGGCCUUCUCGCGACGAAAGUGCGGCAUUUGUAAUACCUGCGUUCUCUUAUCGCGUUGUUCCGUUGCCCACUGUCGGACUCUCUCAAAACGACAAGGCUUAUCAGGUUGGAGAGCACGAAAAAUUUUGUUUCCAACCGGUAAUUCCAGCUUCAAGUGGAAGCACUCGCAGGGUCCGGAGGUUAUCAAGUGACGGGACACGAAGGUUACGCCAUGGUGCGUGCCACUCACAGUGUCUGCAAGGGAACCUGGUAUUACGAGGUACUCUUUUUUUUUUCGACUUUUUUUUGUCAACUGUAUUGAGAUGUUGCAAGUUUAGGUGUCUUUCAAAGAGCAGCCGGAAGGUUCUCACAUCAGAAUCGGUUGGAGUCAACCUUAUGGUUUUUUUGAAGAAAAUUUUUGCGAAGUUUCUCUUAAUUUUUUCAGCCGUUCUACAAGCUUGCGCGGGAUACAAUAAAUUCUCGUAUUCAUGGAGAUCCAAACACGGAACUAAGUUUCAUGACGCUAAAGGAAAGAAAUAUCAUUUCGGAGGAUUCAAGGUUUUGUCGUGAUUCGGUUCAAGUUAUUUUAUGUUCUUUUAGGAAGGAGAUGUUUUGGGGUGUUUGAUCCACCUCCCCAUAGACUGCGAAAGUAACAUCCCUACUAUCAGCUCUAAAGAUUAUUUACCAGAAUCUUAUAAGGUGAGUUGAACAAAAGGGUCUGCUUUUCUUGAAAAAAAAAUACCCUAAUUCCUAUUCGAUAGCAUAAUAUCUCAUUUUCAGUGUGUUUUAUUUAAAGCUGCAUUCAUUUGAUAUAUUUUCUAGGACUCCACGUUGAUCAACUAUAGACAUAACCUCUUUUUCGAGGUGCAUGAUGAAGUUGCUGAUAAAUUGAAGAGUUUGAAAGAACUUCCCAGAAGCCGAGUUUGUUUUCUGUUUGAGGAGUGUCAGGAAUGGAGAUUUUUCAGAUAGAGUUUUUCCACAACAGCAAGUCCUGCGGAGUUGCCUACGAAAAUAUUCAUGCGGGCUACUACCAUCCAGCGAUUUCCAUAUAUCACAGUGAGAUUUUCACAUUUCAUUUUCUUUUUUUUGAUGGGAAAUGUUGCAGAAGCAAAGGUUUCUGUUAACUUUGGCCCUCGAUUCCUACAUUUACCUCCUGGAGCCAAAGGUAUGUUCCUGCGGGCUGAAGAGCAACAACAUGAACAAACCCUCUCGGAUAUGCUUUAUUUAGUGGAAAAUGACCACGUUCAUCCACAAUAG